AACCACUAACUUAGCAAGGUGUGACAAUACUUUCUUAGCUUUAGUUUACUGCAGUGGCCGCAUGUACAUCUUUACCCUUCUUAUUGCCAGAGAAUGCGAGCUGUAACUGCUAUUCAGUAGGUAUCAUUAAGAUGUGAGAGUUAUGGGAGGACAUUUCGUAGCCUGUCGAAUCUUCCUGGAAACAUUUAGAUUGUUCGCGAAUUUAUAUACUAUACAAUCUACUCCCUGAUAAGACGGAAAGAUCCUUUGAUGACUUCAAUGUAAUCGUGCGGAUAAUCUCUGAACAUAAAGUGGGGCGUGUCAGCUGCAUAGCAAUUACCGUCAGAGGCUGUCACGUAUUUUCCUACCUUGUUACGAGGUUAUGAGAAAAACUCACUGAUAAACAUUCUUGGAAAUUAUUGGAACAGUGAUGGAGAUUGAUUAUAAAACAUCAGGAGCUUCUCGUUUUGCUGCAACAAGCGUUACCGCUUAACAAAGUGUGACGACCUAUCGGGAAUGCCCAGAUGAUGGUUCCUUCUUCGCUAUUGAUUGAAACUUAUUCUUCGCCGAAAGAAACCACUUACGUAUGAACAAUCAAGAUUAAGAUUAGGAUGGAGGACUUAUGAGGCUUCAUGAAGGCUCAAAAUACAAAGAGGAAAGAGUUCUUUGGCUUCAUUUUAGUAAUCCAUGCCAAGGGAUAUAAGUACGUGCGUCACAGGUCUUGGUUUGGUGUCAAGCUUAUGUGGAUUAUCACAGGAAGUAAAGAGAAUGACAUUGAAACCAUCCAUAGCAUAAGUCGGACACGAUGAAGUAUUGUUAGGGUUGAGUCUCAUACAGGGGUAGCGAUAUGACGGCUUAACGCAAUUGUAGCAUCUCUUGCACAGAAAGAGGAAUCAGGUUUAAUCGAUAAGGAUAUGAACAUCAUUGGCGGAUAACUAUGGACCAAUGAGAGACAUACUCGUAGGAGGCUAAUACUACUACGAUUAGGAUGACACUGUCACAAGCAGAUCUAAGUUGUAUGUGUCGGGUGGCAAACACCAGCUGUGUGUCUCUACAAGGAGGAUUAUUGGGUAGUGCGAUAUUACGAGAGGAGUACUGAGAAAUCGUCUGCAAUAACAGUACUGUAGUUUCUACCAGGAACUAUCUCAAUGAUAAAUUCAUCAUUCGGUUGUCAACAUUGACAGAGGACACUUUGAUAGGCAAACAGCGGCAAACCGAUGCGAAAUGUUUUGUGGCUUUUCAAAAGUUCGUCCGAUUUGAUCAUCUAUCGAUGUAAAAACUCCAUCCACAUGAUAAUCUAUUCCAUCUUUCUUUGGAUCAGCGCUGACAGGGACCACCUUCGGCAAUUUGCCAUGUCAAUUCGAAGCACACAGUAGAUCAUUGUUUGUUCUUACGUGCAUGGUGAUGCAUUCGGAGCACACCCAUUUAGAGUGUCAUUUGUUUCUCGUGAACGGACGUGAGUAACCAACUGGGAACUUAUUAGAAAGAAACCGUCCUCUGGAAUUGCAAAUCAUCUCCAUGAUAUCUCAGGACACGACAUUUGUGCUAAAACAAGAUAUCGGUUUUAUUCCCCCUGACGUCCUCAUCAGGCGCACUGUCAAGCUAACUGAGGAUUACCUUUGACGUAUUUUGAAAGCUUUCUGUCCUUUAUUGGAUGAUAGAUACCCUCGGGUAAAUAAACAUCAGGCAGAUUAAAGACAGAAUUAAUUUGAUAUCUAGUUUUUCUCAGUUGUUGCGGAAUUAUAUCGCCAGUAAUCUGAGAUUUGUGAGUUAUGAAUUUGUGCGGAGGUCAAUACGAAUGAAAGACCUUUGCGUUUAGCAUUGUGGAUACUGUGACUGACGAUCAAAAGUCAUCCUUGCUCUGCCGAUAGAAACAGAAAUGUUAAGCGAAGAAGCCGCGAACCAAUUCAUCUUGCAUAUUUCAUCGGAAUUGUAUUAUAGUUCCUCUGCAUUUCGGUGUCGUACUAACGAUAGACCCCUGCAAUAUUUACUACUGCCGAAGUGGUAACGCUGAAGGAGAAGAGAAAACAUUAGUUUUGCUGCCUCGAUUAAGCGAUUAACUGCAGUGUAAACAUUGACAUUGGUUGGUGCAAUAUCAGCCGUAGAUAUUCUACGACUAAUGUAACCACUGAGAGUCUUGCGAUAGUAUCAAAUCGUUCGGGCGAAAUCUUUCCUCCUCUUGUCGAUUCAACUUAAGGAGGAGUUCUUGCAGAGACCUCUGAAGUGCAAAAUAGAACCUCACUGUGACCGGCUGAUUCAAGUGAUCAAAUUCAGUGAAAAUAUUGACUUUGGCGACCGUAUCAGAUCAUUGACAGUAACUUUCGACCGCAAUAUCAACAUCAUCGAUUGCUUAGGCGACAUUUUCGUUGCUCUGGCAUGGCCAUUUGAAAUCGAGAUGUAUUGAGAAAGUCAUUAUUCUGGAGAUCUCUUUCUUGGUGGCUGCUCUGAAGUAAGAAAUCACUGACAGGAAUUUGCUAUAGUUGCAUCAAAGUAUCAAUAUUGCUCCACUGAUAUCUUUGCUCUUCUCGCCAAUUCAAGUUGAAGCAGGGCGGAUUUAUCUCGCUGAGAGACGCAAAGGAGUAUAGCCUUGCGCGGCGGGGUGAAGUGCUCGACUGUAGUGUACACAUUGUCGGCAACAAAUCAACUGCCAGAGUGAUAUCGUCGGCUCGCUCUUCUGACUGGUUGAAAGGAUUUCGUAUAGGUAUCUAAUAAAAGAUCGGAGAUCUUACAGUAUAGAAAGAGGCAGCAAUGUCGUUUCGGCUCUUGUUUGUAAUAUUGUUGGGUCAGCUGCCCUUGGCCCUUCGUGCCAUCUACAAACCAGACUUCGAUGGCUUCGUUCCUGGGAUGACCAGCGGAGUACAAUUCAAGGAUGGUAACAUUCUCAUCGCCGGGUUGUUCGAUGAGCGUCUUCCGAGUUCCAAUUUCGGAAUAUGUAAUGAUAGCAGAUUGUACAAACCCGGUGUGUUUCGAAAUCAAGCAUUUGUGUACGCAGUAGAGCAGAUUAAUAAGAAUCCAGAGAUAUUACAAAAUGUCACACUGGGAUAUAUAUUUCUGGACGCCUGUGCGAGUGAAUUCACUGCGUUAGCACGGACUUUGUAUCUUAUUCCGGACAAAAGGACCGAAGUGCAGAGCUGUUUGGCCAUGACUGGAUGGGGGUCCAGUUGCGAUGGGCGCGGUAAGGCUAGGUACGACGUGGCGGGCUUGGUUGGGAUUCAGACUAGCAAUCAUGCAAACUUGGUUUCGCCAGUCCUCAGCCUUUUCAAGAUUCCUCACAUAAGUACGAUCGCAACUGGUGAUAGCUUCUCGGACAAGGAGAAGUAUCCUUACUUUCUGAGGACUAUUCCUCCUGACCGCUACCAGGUUGAAACCUUCGCGGCAGUUCUUUUACAUUUCAAAUGGACGUACGUAUCUGCGGUGUACAAACAAGGAGCAUACGGUACAGAAGGAAUGAAGGCAUUGAGCGCAGCACUCGCUGGUAAAGGCGUCUGCUUUGCCGUUCAGCAGGAAGUCAGCCCAAGUUUUACCGCCUACGAUGAAUUGGUGCAAAACCUCCUCGAUAAAAGCGCGAAAGUCGUCAUUCUUUUCGCUGAUAGUAGCUACAUGAAGAAGGUGUUCGAGGCAAUGGAGAAGAGAAAUGUACUUCAAAGCUUCAUUUUCAUAGCAUCCGAAACGUACAGUUCGUUACUGAGUGACCCCGAAGCGGUAAAGAUAAUUCCCAUUGGCCUGCUCGCACUCAGCCCGGGAGACAAAGGCAACCCGCCAUUCGACAUCUACUUUAAGUCGCUAUCAACAAUCGAUGCCAAUGGGUCGUACAUACUGCAGCCAUACUGGGAGGACGAAUUCAGCUGCAGCUUCUCAAACUUGUCCAAUCUCUGCAAGCCAGGGUUGCAUUUCGAUCGAACUGACGAGAAGGCAUCCCGAGUCAUAGACACUGUCUCUGUCCUCGCAUAUGCCAUAGAUUAUGUCGUGAAACAGAACUGCUCGGGUGUCGAAGCAAAAGACAUGAGCAAAUGUGUCAAAGGACCCGAUGUGUUAGCUGCACUUAAGGCGGUAAAGUACCACGGGAGCCUUGGUAACAUUGAGUUUGAUGCUAACGGCGAUCCAGUUGGAGUCUAUGAGGUGAAGAAUUUCCAGAUGGUCAAUGGAGUAAAGAAAGAUGUCAGGGUGGCUAUGUAUGUUACAAAAGAUAAGGUGUUGGUUCAUGACGCUAAUAAUAAGUUCGAGUGGCCCAGCAAUGUAAAAUUGGUUGAUGAGAUUCCAGAGGCGGUGUGUAGUCACCCUUGUCUGAAAGGGCAGCAGAGAAUACAGAAAGACGUCCAGUGUUGUUGGGACUGCCGACCGUGCAGGAAUAACGAGCGCACGAAUGUGAACCAAUCCGAGUGCGUAGCGUGUCCCGCUUUCUACUGGCCGAAUCCGACGACGUUGAUGACUUGCGACGAGCUUCCCGCCACCCAUUUGAGAUGGAGUGACGUCAUCGUGAUUCUCAUGCUUUCAUUGGAUCUGGUCGCGUCUAUCAUGACAGUCGCAGUGGUGGUUUUGUUCACCAAAAACAGGCAAGCAAAACUCAUCAAAGCAUCAAGUAUAGAACUCAUGUACAUGAUCCUAAUCGGGGUUAUCGUCUCUCUGUUUGUAGUAAUCUCUUUCCUGGCCGUUCCAGGCACUUUCUCCUGCUACUUCAGUCAUUUUGGAUUCCAUACGACAUUCGCCAUGUGUUACGCGCCAUUGCUCGUCAAAACGAGGCGCAUAUUCGCCAUCUUUGAUGCGGGGAAGAAGUCGAACAAGCCACCGAGGUUGAUCAGCUCCUCGUCCCAGGUGGUCACCACGUCGAUACUUGUGGUUAUAGAGGUCAUCAUAUGUGCUGCAGUAGCCAUCCAUGACCCACCUAUUCCCCAGAAGACUAUGCCCGUCCCCACCGUGAAUUACGUGGAGCUUGGCUGCCACACCACCAUGUUGAUUCUACUCACUCCGCUCAUCUACAACCUCGUCCUCGUCCUAGCAACGACAGCAUUUGCAUUCAAGGCUCGGAAGGUCCCAAGCAACUUCAACGAGACCCGUUUCAUCACCUUCAGUGUCUACACGACCCUCGUCCUCUGGAUGGCCUUCAUUCCGACCUACUUCACCUCCAGUAACGCCGGCCUCAAGGUCAUCUACCUGACCAUCGCUAUGUUCAUCAAUGCCUUCGUCAUCCACGUUUGUCUGUUCAUUCCGAAGAUCUACGCCGUCAUCUACAUUGAAGAGAAAGAAAUGAAUCUGUUACAGAGUCGUUUAGGGACAGGAACUGGGGAGAACUCAGUCAAUCCCAUGCCCCCAUCGCAAAACCAAGUCUCAAAGUUCUGAAUUACUAUUUGAUGUCAAUCACGAGAGAUGGGUUACAGAGUCAUUUAGGGACAAGAACUGGGGAGAACUCAGUCAAUCCCAUGCCCCCAUCGCAAAACCAAGUCUCAAAGUUCUGAAUAACUAUUUGAGAUAGGUUGCGGAGUCUUUCAGGGACAGGAAUUUGUCGAAUGCCACAGUCGCGGAACCAAGUCUCAAAGUUCUGAGUUACUAUUUGAGAUAGGAUGCGGAGUCUUUAAGGGACAGGAAUUGGACGAAUGCCACAGUCCCAGAACCAAGUCUCAAAGUUCUGAGUUACUAUUUGAGAUAGGAUGCGGAGUCUUUAAGGGACAGGAAUUGGACGAAUGCCACAGUCCCAGAACCAAGUCUCAAAGUUCUGAGUUACUAUUUGAGAUAGGAUGCGGAGUCUUUAAGGGACAGGAAUUGGACGAAUGCCACAGUCCCAGAACCAAGUCUCAAAGUUCUGAGUUACUAUUUGAGAUAGGAUGCGGAGUCUUUAAGGGACAGGAAUUGGACGAAUGCCACAGUCCCAGAACCAAGUCUCAAAGUUCUGAGUUACUAUUUGAGAUAGGUUGCGGAGUCUUUAAGGGACAGGAAUUGGACGAAUGCUACAGUCCCAGAACCAAGUCUCAAAGUUCUGAGUUACUAUUUGAUGUCACUCACGAGAGAUGGGUUGUGGAGCUGUUUAGGGACCUGAACAGAACAGGACUUGAUCAAUCCGCUGCCAACACUCAAUAGAUGCACGGGAAACCUAGGUAGAAAUCCACUUUGAAUAUCUGGAGUCGAAGCGGAUAUAGUGAUAAAUAUGGAACCAUUCCCGGUCACGAUUCGAUAUGGAUGCAAGCAGCCACAGGCUAGGAUAUGUUAGACCAUUCUUUGCAAUUCGAUAGGUUGUGAUAUCAGGGGGCUCACAGCA